AUGUCAGAAAGUACUUUUCGAUCUGCGUUUCCACGAUGGUGUCUGUCAUCUUCUAUUGAUCAAAUUACGUUUUCCUAUCGACCACUGGCAUGGACAACUGACCGUGAUGCCAUUAUUGCAACUUUCUUCAACGGAGGACGUACUGGGUUCUCUACUGGAGAUCCUUCUCGGCUUAUGGAAGAACUAGCUCUUGUCAGACCUUCAUCUUUUGGUGGUCCUCCAAGUAUUUGGAAUAAAAUCUACACGGAAUUCAAAGCAGCUCUGUCGCUUAUCACUCUCUCUCAUUCACCCGAAGUCAUAGAAACAGAAGAACAACACCUUCUACAACAAUUCUCCAAACUCAUUCCAAACCGAUGCAAAACAAUCUCAAUCGGUGGUGCCAAGGCUAGUCCAGUAAUAUUAAACUUUAUGAAACGAUGUUUUACACAUUGUACGGUAAUUGAAUCCUAUGGAAUAAGUGAAUGUGGUGGUAUCACCUGCGACAACGAUGUUGGAAACGCACUUCAAUAUCGCCUAGAAUCUAUUCCAGACAUGGGCUACACUCUUGAUGACAAACCAUUUCCACGAGGAGAACUUUUGGUAAAAACUCCACAUAUGUUUUCUGGAUACAUCAACAACCCAGAAGAAACUCACGCUGCUCUCACCGAAGAUGGCUUCUUUCGAACUGGUGAUGUUGUCGAAUUACGUACCUGUCAUAAUGUUCUACCUAGUUUACAUGUCGUCGAUCGUAAGAAAAACUUCUUCAAACUCUCACAAGGACAAUUUGUAUCACCCGAGUUUCUUCAAGGCAUCUACAUUCAAAGUCCUUUCGUCCAUCAGAUCUACAUUCAUGGUGAUCUAUUAGCAGAUUCUGUCACCGCUGUUAUCGUACUCAACCAAGCAUAUGCGCAAGCAUUUAGUCUCAACCAUAACUUGACUCCACUCGACAUGAACAAUCCUGAUCCACUCUUUUAUGGUGCACUUCUACAAGAUCUUCGUUCAAUCGCUGAAAAAGAAUCACUUCGAAAACAUGAAAUUCCAUCAAGAAUAAUCAUUGAUUUUCAACCAUUCACAUCUGAAAAUGGUCUUCUCACUUCUUCCAUGAAACCUUGUCGACAUAAACUAGCUGCACAUUAUGCUGAUCGACUCAAAACAACAUCGAUCACUAUUGAACAACAACUAAAAACGAUCAUCGAAACAGCAACAGGACAAUCGAUGUCAAUAGACAAAGAAGACAAUCUCUUUUUGGCUAAUGGUGGUGAUUCAUUAUCAGCUGUUCGUUUAUCUCGUAUGAUUGAGAAUGAUCUAGGAAUACCGAUACCAUUAAACAUACUCUUCGAUCCUAAGAUGACUCUUCAACAAUUAACAACUCUCAUCCAAGAUCCUUCUCAGCUCUCUUCUCUUUCUCAAUCACUUGUACCACAAUUGUUGAAUGAUGCUGACUUGGAUUUGAAUAUAACAAUUGGCAAACGUAAGAUCACAAGUGAUUGUCCUUCGAUGAUUUUCAUUACUGGAACAACAGGAUUUGUUGGUGCAUUUUUACUAGCCGAACUAUUAACAGUCUAUCGUGGCGAGUGUAAAUUUGUAUGUCUUGUUCGAUGUUCAUCUUCGACGAAGGCAUUAGAUUGCAUUCGAGAGACUAUGUUAUUCUAUCAGAUAUGGAAAGACGACUAUCAAGAUCGAAUCAUUGCAUUGCAAGGUGAUCUUGCCAAAAGUUGUUUUGAAUUGGAUAAUGAAACAUACGAAUUACUUGCUCGUGAAAUCGAUGUGAUCUUUCAUUGUGGUGCAAGUGUUAAUUUUGUACUUCCAUAUAGUCAGCUUUGUGGUCCGAAUGUGUGUGGUACUCGAGAGAUCAUUCGUUUCGUCACUCAUAUGCCUUCUGCUUGUAUACCUAUACAAUACAUCUCGACCAUGAGUGUUCUACCUCCUGAUGUUGAGAAAGAGAUAUCAAUUGAGGAGACUUCUCCUGAUAGACUGACUAGUGGUUAUGCACAAAGUAAAUGGGUGGCAGAAAAGUUGAUAGUCAAAGCAAGUCGUUGUGGUUUACCUGUGGUUAUUUAUCGUCUAGGAUUGAUCUGUGGUGAUAGCAGAAGUGGUGCAUGUAAUCAAAAUGAUCUUUAUACGUUGUUAUUUGAUGCAAUGAUGAGGAUGGGUUGUUAUCCUGAGACAGCGCUUCAUGGUGAUGUGAAUGGUUUGCCAGUUGAUUUUACGGUGAAAACUAUUGUUAAUUUGAGUAAAGUUCAACCUGAUGUAUAUGGAAAUGUAUAUCAUGUGGUGAAUCCAAACGGUGAAAUUGGAUUUGAAGAUGUGAUUCAAGCUAUGCGAAGUUGUGGUGUUGAAAUGAAAAGUGUUUGUGGCGAAGAAUGGCGAAUGAAGGUGAAGACAAUCGCUGAUGAGAAUAGCCGUUUUGAAUCUGUGAGAGAAUUCUUGUUUGACAGUGCAUUUAGAGAAAGACGUAAAGUAUCUUCGGUCGAGUUUUCGAAUGCUGGGUGUCUAUCAGAUUUUCCAUCAGUGGACAAAGUUUAUAUGUUCAGAUGCGUGAGUUUUAUACUAGAUAAUAUUGUCCACAAAUGA